UCAUUUUAAGGGCGAACCAAUCAAACUGCAAAUUUAUACAAAUUGAUACUAAACGGGUUAUAUUAAUUUUAUAACAAAAAUUAAGUGUGUAAAUAAGUUUGAACGGAGUCGUAAUUAAAACUAAUUGGGUGUAAUAUAGCGAUAAUUAUUUUGUAUUAAGGCGGGUUUUCGCUGGAAUUUUGUCCUUUUUGACGUUACGUUCGGGUUUCGGCGGUUUUUUUAAACUCAUCCAACGGAAAGUGGACUUGUGUUCGAAAUUUGAAAAUUUUACAAUGACCGCUGCUCGUUCUCGUGCGGUAUUUUUCGCAAUUCGACAAUAAAGGAUUUAUUUUUUUUAUAAGUGUACCGGCAAAAGUGGUUGUCUAUAAGUUCUAAAGGUAGAGUUGAGUGUUCAUAAUUAAUUAUUGCAAAUGGUUUGCGGUGGAGUGUUAAGGACGAUGUCGAUAUAGGGGGCGGCCAGGGUUGGCCUUUUGAGGCCAUGCUCAAUAACCUCACCGCGACAGCUUUAGGAGGUCACAAAGAUUCGUGCUCCGAGGAGAGUAAACAGCACGAGAUCAAACCGAACAUAGAGAGACCGCACCAUGCGCUGGGAGCGCGAUUACACAUCGCACACAACAUACGAGCCGAUCAUUUACAAGGUGGCAUCCACCAGCAACACAGUGGCGGGCAUAUGGCAACAGUGCCAGUCAGCAUGUCCUCAUCAGCAUCAGACAGCGACAAGCCGGCGAAGCAGAAGAGGCACAGAACUAGGUUCACGCCCGCACAACUGAACGAGUUAGAACGAUGCUUUUCCAAGACACACUACCCUGAUAUUUUUAUGCGGGAAGAGAUCGCCAUGAGGAUCGGUCUAACCGAAAGUCGAGUUCAGGUCUGGUUCCAAAACCGUCGUGCGAAGUGGAAGAAACGCAAGAAGAGUACAAACGUGUUCAGGUCUCCUGGUGCUCUCCUGCCCUCCCAUGGUCUCCCUCCAUUUGGAGCUGGAGAUGUCUGCAGUCCUGGGGUCUUCGCUGACAGACCCUGGUCGAUGCCUGCUGGUCUGGGUCAGCUCUCCCAAGGCGGGGUAUCGAUGGGGGGUUUUGGUGCGAGCACCCUCCCACAACUUGCUGCGGAUCUGAACCCUUCACUUCCCAUCAGCUCCGUGGCAUCCGGCCAGCCGUACCAAUCACAUUACCCUCUUAAUUCGUUAGGGGACACAAUGAUGUCAUACUGCAAUAACAUAAGUGGGGGUCAGCAGUCGGCCGGACUAGAGGGCUCACCGACACCACCCCACAUGGCCCACUGCGCUAACAACAACGCCUCACCAACUGCCUCAGGAAAUGGCGGAGAACCGGUAGAAGAAGAAGUAUGGCGCGGCCACAGCAUCGCGGCACUGAGGCGACGCGCGUCGGAACUGUCGGCCGCCAUUCCGCCAUACCUGCAGCUGAACUACGACGCGCACAGUCCAGUCUACUGACCGAAUGGCGGUUCAGCAUCUCGUCAGUUUGAUAGAACCGCUGUCCGCCAUUUCAACGAACUAUCUACACAGUACCAUUAAUAUAUUAUAGUCGUAAAAUUAGCUGUGUUAAACACCGGUCGUCCAAUAUUUCCUCUUCAAAUAUCAGAACUUUCGUUCGUGAAUUUGCCAAUUUUAUUACGGUUCUUCUGUAACUACAUUUUUAUCUUGACAUACAAAGAUUUUGAAUCGAUGGCAUCGUAUUAAUAACUAUGUAUUUUAAAUGAUCCAGUAUUAGCCAUUUUGAUGUUGGUAAUAGAACUCUAUUCCGCCAUUGUGGCGAAAAUUGUGAGCAUAUAUAACUGGUUUGCAACAAACAAUAUCGACUAAAUACUCUAAUUUAAAUUUGAUCACAAAGGAUUUUUUAUAUCAAAUUAAAUUUCUAAUCAAAUAUUACGGGACAGUAAUAUCUUAC